GUGCACCCGCCCCUAAGCCCGAGCAGGCAGCGCAGAUCCUGUUCGGCAACAUAACGGCUUGGGGCCCGCAGGCCGCGAACUUCUGUCGCAACGCAGGCUACAAGUGCCACCUCAUAGCGCUGGCGGAAACGCACGUCGACGCGAACGGCCUCACGGAGCAGAUUGGCAAGCUCGCCAUGGGCGGCUGGAAGCUGUCGGCCACACCCGCGGUGGCCACCAAGCAAUCGGACAAGGGGGCCCAUGGUGGCGAGUGGAUCCUCACGCGCAGGGGCGUGGCGGCGACCACGUUCGAGGGCUACAGGGACUACUGCGUCAAGCGCCAUAAGAGGCAGCCGCUCGUGGGGUUCACGCCGACAGUCCUCCACUCCAAGAGCGGCAACAUAGUCGUCCUGGCGGCGUACCUGCGCCCUGGCCUACGGGACCAAGGCGCGAACAGGGACAUCCUGGUCUCCAUCUCCACCUUCGUGGACAUGCUCAUGGACCCGUGGAUCAUCCUGGCCGACUGGAACUACGAGCCGCACUGGUGGGACAACAAGCCGUGGCUCACGCGCUGGAACGGCACCAUCCUCACUGACCCGAGGUGCGAGGCGACGUGCGACAAGGGCUCGGGAUCCGUGUGCGACUGCGCGAUCGCACGGGCGGACAUCGCCACGCACGUCGGGAUCGAG